CUUCAACUUCACCUUGAGUGGCUCUUACACCACCGAUGAGAAUCAGUCUCUGCCUGCACACUCGACAAAUUCGCCAAACUCUACCUCUUCAUCCACCUCUUCCCUCUCCCAGCCAGCUCAACAACUCCUUCAUCCUCUCAAGAUGGCGACCAAAACCCUCGAAGCACGAUUCGAGCAUCUGACCGUCACUGACGAGAAUGAGUUGGCGACAAACAUGCUGAAAUCCAAGACAGCAAAUCAAGGCACUAUUGCUACCUUGCCAGGCCAGCAACCCCGAGCCAAUCUCGUCAAAUAUGCACUUCAAGCGAGCAACGAAUCUCGCCAGAACGCCGGGCAGACGACCACAAUAACAAACACCACGAAAGUGCCAACCCUUCCCCCCUCACCUGUCAGAAGACCAAACCCAUCAUCACGCGAACCCAGCGAUAGCUCUGAUCAGAUCCAACGCUAUUCGGCAUCUACGGCGUUCUUUGAUCAGCCUCAAGCCCCCAAACAAUUCCAUCUUGGCAUGUUUGAGAUUGGGAAGCCAUUGGGCAAGGGCAAAUUCGGUCGAGUCUAUCUGGCGCGAGAGAGAUCAUCGGGCUAUGUGUGUGCUCUCAAGGUUCUGCACAAGUCUGAGCUCCAGCAGGGUAAGGUGGAAAAGCAGGUUCGACGUGAGAUCGAGAUCCAGUCCAAUCUAAGACACCCCAACAUCUUGCGACUGUUUGGUCAUUUCCAUGACAGCAAAAGAGUGUUUCUCAUCCUCGAGUUCGCGGGCAAAGGAGAACUAUACAAACAUCUGCGAAAGGAGAACAGAUUUCCCGAGUGGAAGGCUGCACAAUACAUUGCUCAAAUGGCGGCAGCACUGAAAUAUCUCCACAAGAAACAUGUCAUGCAUCGAGACAUCAAACCCGAGAAUAUUCUUCUGGGAAUUCACGGUGAGCUCAAGGUUUCAGACUUCGGCUGGUCUGUGCAUGCGCCCAAUAAUCGACGACAAACCAUGUGUGGCACCUUGGAUUACCUCCCUCCUGAGAUGCUCAAACCUGGCACCUCGGACAACUUUUACAACGAAAAGGUCGAUCUCUGGAGCUUAGGGGUCCUCACAUAUGAAUUCCUCGUUGGAGAGGCGCCUUUUGAAGACACACCCAUCAUGACUCAGAGACGAAUUGCACGAGGCGACAUGACUGUGCCACCCUUUGUCAGUUUAGAGGCCAAAGACCUGAUACAUCGACUUCUUGUCCUCGACCCAGAGAAACGAAUUCCGCUCGAUGAUGUUCUGCGGCACCCGUGGAUCGUAAAGCACUGCGUAACGAAAGGCGGCGAGCGUGGUUCUCAGCAAUCUAGAGGCAGCAGAGAUGCGAGUUCUGAAUAAUGAGCGACAGGCAGUUACAACCUGAUUCUUUGGUCAGUCGGCAUGUGACAUGGUUCAUGGGGAGAAUUUGCCGCCCGAGGGUGAUUUGGUUGGGUGGGACAGGGAUGUUUUGUUGAUGUCGAUACAAAAGAGCUCGGUGUCUUUUACAGCGACCCAUAUCAUGAAUGACGAUGCUCUUUUUUCUUCUUCUU